CACCUGGUGAACUCCGCCCUCGGCCUGGUCAGCCUGUCCAAUCACAGCUCCCUCUUCUGCCCCCUGACCCUGAAGGGCGGGCUCGGCCGAUGCCCCGCUCCCCCGACCUCCUUCCCUCACCUGCAGUUUGACUCCUCUCUGUGGUAUCACUCUAGUGCAGUGCUGGCGGCGGCUCUGGACACCAUGACUGUGCCCUACCGACAGACGCAGGGUGGCGGCCCCAUGUGGCAGCUGUCGGACGCGCUGGCUGUCUCAGGCCGGAAGGUGGCAGCAGCCUACAGCGCACUUCCAUUUCCCAUGAUGCUUGGCACCUCUCUCCCAGACGCCCUGAGUAGCUAUGGCGAUUCGUUGCCAUGGAGACCCCUGUCGGCCUGUGGGGAGCUGGGUGACGGGCAAAGCUUCGGCCAAUCAGUGACCCUGAGGGGAGUCGAGGCGCAGAGCCUGGUGAGGUGAGC